AUGCCCAAGAGAACAACUCUUACUGAUGCACAAAGACACGAACUUUGUGUCUAUGCUCGUGACAAUAAAAAAACUCAAUCCCAAUAUGUUGACUGGAUUAAAAACAAGUGGGACCUUAAAAUUGAUGAAAGCACAGUCUCGCAUAUCUUGAAAACUAGUGAAAAACGUCUUGAAGACAGAAUUGUUAAUUCUAAUAUCAAACGUCACAGAACCGUUACUUACCCGGAACUUGAUCUCGCCCUCAAAGAGUUCGUACUGAUUUAUCAGCAUCGUACAGUUUUAAGUGAUGCUAUACUUAUUGGAAAAGCAAAGGCACUUGCUGAUGGUAUGGGAAUUCCUCAAGGUGCACUUAACUUUUCCCCCGGCUGGCUUUACAAGUUCAAAAAUCGAAAUGAUAUUCGUCUUCGUCAGCUUCAAGGAGAAGACGCAUCUGCUGAUGAAGUGGCAAUUAAUAAUAUUAUGCCAUUAUUAAAAAAUAAGUGCUCAAAUUAUCCUGCUGAAAGGAUUUACAACAUGGAUGAGACUGGUCUUUUCUAUCG